AUACCCUUCCUCCAAUGCCUUCACACCAGGCGGGUUCCAUCCGUAAGGAGGCAUCGUCUGCUACUAGAUUUUCCUCCCCUUGUUUUCCCCGCGUGUUCUCCCCCCUUUUUCCCGUCUCGUACAGACCAAGGUCUUAGACAAGACACUGAUCCUAAACCACUGAUAAUAUUUUAGUUCUUUUCUUAUAUUUUUUUUUCCCAGUAAAGGGCCACUACUGACAUACACUUUUCUAUGAGAUAAAUUACAUAUAUUUAUAUACAUUCUGCCGAGACUGGACCUGGAUCAUCAACCUAAGCCUAGGAGCACUGUCAAGGCUGGACCCCCACUUACAAAUUUGCGCCGGUUAACGUCUUGGGGUGUCUAUGAAUAUAAUAGGACUUCGAUUAGUUCUUGUUUGAUCUCUUGAGUAAGGAUUACACCUGUUUGAAAGCUCCCCUGGGAAACAGAUUGAAAUCCGACAUUAAUCAGGAUGACUCAUCGUUCGUUUCACAUCCAGGCAGGGGAGGUCAUAAACUGAGACGCCUACCUUCCAGACCUCUCCCUCUUCCUUUCACCGGCCAGCUUCCUCCAGUGGAAGGAGAAAAGCAACUUAAGGCGUCCCCAGGCCAAUCUCGUCUUCUUCAAAUACUGGAGACAUUUUCCCAGGGUAGGGGGCAGAGUAGGGGAGAAUGUGGGAAUGAUCUAUCGAUUUAUUGAUUGUGUUUUUUCACUGACGGAACCUUCGUCUGCUGUUCGUUUCCAGCCCGCCAUCAAGAACCACUACUCCACCGAAUUUCUGCUUGUUAUCAAAUUAUUAGCUCCUGGAGUUACUUCCCUUACACCUGUAAACCUCAUUUUGGAUACCAACAAGAAGUAGGUUAAUUGCGAGAAUACAAAAUGGCUAUGAAGGUCUUUUAUUAAUAACAUUUUACAAUGUGAGCGAUUCGUUAUUUUUCUCAGUGAAUCGAAAAUAGUGAGACGCAAACUCAUGGAGCGAAUUUCAAUGCCUUUGAUUCCGACGGCAGACGACUUGCAGGAGAACAAUGGCAACUUUCUUCGUCCAAACUCCGCCAUGUUCAACUCCGAGUCGGACGAUGACAUCACUUCCGUCAGGUCAAAGUCCCAGUCUCCAAGGUGCAGCACCUCAGAGAACCUGCAAGUCUUGAGCCUGCGAGAUCACUACGACAUCGAGCGAGACCUAGGCCGAGGAACGUACGGGAAGGUCAUCCAGGCUACAUGCAAGGAAACCGGCUCCAAAAUCGCGCUGAAGAUCUUGCCCAAAUCCAGCACGAAGCUGCGGGACUUCCAGAGAGAGUUCAACAUCAGCUACUACCUUUCCCCACACGCCAACAUCGUGGACAGCUACAACGUGGCCUUUGAGACCAAGGCGAGCUACGUGUUCGCCCUGGAGUACGCCCCUCUUGGCGACCUUUUCGACUCCAUUCCUCCCCAAGUGGGCAUGGUGGAGCAAGACACGAAGACCAUCAUAAAGCAGCUGUCGUCUGCUCUUGAAUUCAUGCACAGUAAAAAGCUCGUCCACAGAGACAUCAAACCGGAAAACAUCCUCGUGCUUGCCCCGGAUUUCUCCAAAGUCAAACUCAUGGAUUUCGGAAUGACACGCCGGGACGGGGCCAUGGUUCGUAAAACGAACGGCAGUAUUCCGUACACUCCGCCCGAGGUCUGCGAGGCAGUGAGGAACGAAUGUAUCCUUGUGACAACUGGUGCUGACGUCUGGGCUCUUGGCGUCCUCUUGUUCUGCAUGCUGACUGGGAAUUUUCCUUGGGAGAAUGCGGACAUUGGGGAUAUCUAUUUCAAGGAGUUCAUACUGUGGCAGAGGCGAAAGACUACGAAAAUUCCGUCGCAGUGGAGAAAGUUUUCGCCACGUUUGAUGAAGUUUUUUCGUAAGACUCUCGACAUCAAGCCCAACAGGAGGUGCUUGGUUAAGGAGAUUAACAAAUAUUUGAACGACUCUUGGCUCUUGCAUCCGACGGACAUAAGCGAGACAGAGUCGGAUUCCGGGACGGAGGCUGAGCAGGUGGAUCACCUGUCGCUCAUGCUCCGCGACCACGGGAUUGACACCAGAGUAGAUAAAAGGCUCAGGGACAGGCGGAUAUCUGAGUGGCUGUUAUCUUUGUGACUAUCCGUCAGUCGGAUGGGACAAGUGCCGCGGAUUAUCCUUGGCGGUCUCACGCGGUGCUUCCUCCGCGGGCUGGCGGUCUUCCUUGAACACUUUGUGCUGCAUUUUGUAUUUCUCGCCCUCGGUUUCAUUCUCGGAUUCCUCGUGUUUCAUCGUGACCCAGCAGACGAGAGUCCCAACCUUUUCUUUACAUUCUGACGUUACUUCCUUUUUGUUGGCAAGAGUUAUGCAAUCAUGUUGUCAUGGAGAUGAUAUAGUUAAAAGACGCCAUUCUGCAGUGGCAUUAAGGAGUUCGCUGCAAGCUCAGGUCUCAGUGUGCAAGGCACGCUAACAACUUCCAAAUCAUGAACCUAUUUUAUACACACAAAAAAUUACAGUGCAUUCUCGCGCGAGAUAGUUGUCAUGAAGCUAAUGACUUUGGAAACGGAUUUAUUUUUAUGGGGGAUUUUCAUUCUAAAUGUUAUUCACAUCUAUCUGCAAUUUGUUUACAUUAGGAUUUUUUUUUUAUUUGAUUCUAGAGUGCUAAAAAGGUUUUAAAAUUGUCAAGUUUAUCCAUGCUUCCGUAUUCUGUACAGCGGUUACACCAAAAAGAUUGCUAUUUAUGGAUUCGCCUCCAUGUUAUGAGCAUAUCUAAUAAUGUUGUUACUCAAAAAGCUCUAAGGGGCACAUAUUCAAGCAUUCAAACAUUGGUUUGAUGUGCUAGUGUCUAGAGCCCGGAACCUAAAUUAGUGCAUCGCCUUUACGGGGGGGGGGGG